AUGUCACAUUCCACACGGAACAUUUCAUUUCAAAUAGUUGAUGCAUUCUCUGGAGCCAACCUGUAUACAAUUCGCAAUGCCUUAACGCUAGAACUUGCCCCCAUUUGCAACACCAUGUUGAUAAAAGAAGUUUAUCUCCGAUCUUUGCACUCAAAUGUUCCAACACCGCCUCGUAGUUCGCUACACAACUCUCUCUCGAGUGGUCUCCCGCCGUCACAUUUAUCCCAGCGAACACCAACCAAUUUGCAUACGCCCAAGUUCUCCUCUCGCCAAUCCUCGCGGCUACGAGAUCGCAUUUCCAUAAGUUCGACUCACCGUAAUGGUGGUGUUUCUUUCUUCGGACCAAUUACUGCCCUACACGCCAGACACAAACGAACUCUCUUAUGCCGAGAACUGAGUCUCAUUACACCGGUAGCAGCGAACAGCUGUCAGUCGCCUCCUGCAGUUCCUCGCAAUGUGGCCCUGGCCACCGCACCUAUAACAUACGACCCCACUACGGGGGCUGGGCCCCUGAAACGGUCUAUCAUCACUCGGCGUGGACUGUGCAGCGGCGACUACCGGUUCUCUCACCUCAGAGCUGUCUUUCAUCACGGUCCUGGCCCGGUCUACCAGGACGGGAACGGGUUGGCCCGGCACCGCCUACUUCCGGAAACACUCCUCAGCUUAACGACAGCUACAAUCCAGCUACAACAACUCCACAGAUCUUUGCACUCAAAUGUUCCAACACCGCCUCGUAGUUCGCUACACACAACUCUCUCGAGUGGUCUCCCGCCGUCACAUUUAUCCCAGCGAACACCAACCAAUUUGCAUACGCCCAAGUUCUCCUCUCGCCAAUCCUCGCGGCUACGAGAUCGCAUUUCCAUAAGUUCGACUCACCGUAAUGGUGGUGUUUCUUUCUUCGGACCAAUUACUGCCCUACACGCCAGACACAAACGAACUCUCUUAUGCCGAGAACUGAGAUAUCUACAAACUCUUACUGUUGACAGUUGGUCUCAUCAAUACAAUAUCCGUACAUCCUUACCAACCCUUUCUUUACAUAGACGGCCAUUUCCGAUGUACAUUAUCAUAUUCCACUCAAAUGUGUCUUUUCUGAAACGUUUAUAUUAA